AUGUGCACCAGUCUCAUGUGUACCAGUCCUCAUGUGUACCAGUCUCAUGUGUACCAGUCCUCAUGUGCACCAGUCCUCAUGUGCACCAGUCCUCAUGUGCACCAGUCCUCAUGUGUACCAGACCUCAUGUGUCCAGUCGAUGUGAUGCACCAGUACUCAUGUUUACCGGUCCCCAUGUGUACCAGUCCUCAUGUGUACCAGUCGAUGUGUGCACCAGUACUCAUGUUUACCGGUCCACAUAUUAUGCCAGUCUCAUGUGUACCAGUCGACGUGAGCACCAGUACCAUGUUUACCGGUCCCCAUGUGUCCAGUCCCCAUGUGUACCAGUCCCCAUGUGUACCAGUCUCAUGUGUACCAGUCCUCAUGUGUACCAGUCCUCCAUGUGUACCAGUCCUCAUGUGUACCAGUCCUCAUGUGUGCCAGUCUCAUGUGUACCAGUCCCACGUGUACCAGUCCUCUGUGUACCAGUCGACGUGUGCACUAGUACUCAUGUUUACUGGUCCCCUAUUGUACCAGUCCUCAUAUGUACCAGUCCUCAUGUGUACCAGUCUUCAUGUGUACCAUACUCAUGUACCAGUCCCCAUUGUGUACCACUCCUCAUGUGUAUCAGUCCCCAUGUGUACCAGUCCUCAUGUGUACCAGUCCUCAUGUGUACCAGUCGAUGUGUGCAACAGUACUCAUGUUACCGGUUCAUGUGUACCAUUCCUCAUGUGUACCAGUCUUCAUGUGUACCAGUCGACGUGUGCACCAGUACUCAUGUUUACCGGUCCCCAUGUGUACCAGUCCUCAUGUGUACCAGUCGUGUGUGUGCACCAGUACUCAUGUUUACCGGUCCCCAUGUACCAGUCUCAUGUACCAGUCCCCAUGUGUACCAGUCCUCAUGUGUACCAGUCCUCAUGUGUACCAGUCGACGUGUGCAGUACUCAUGUUUACCGGUCCCCAUGUGUACCAGUUCUCAUGUGUACCAGUCCUCAUGUGUACCAGUCCUCAUGUGCCAGUCGACGUGUGCACCAGUACUCAUGUUUACCGGUCCCCAUGUGUACCAGUCCUCAUGUGUACCAGUCUCAUAUUGUACCAGUCGACGUGUGCACCAGUACUCAUGUUUACCGGUCCCCAUGUGUACCAGUCCUCAUGUGUACCAGUCCUCAUGUGUACCAGACCUCAUGUGUACCAGUCGACGUGUGCACCAGUACUCAUGUUUACCGGUCCCCAUGUGUACCAGUCCUCACGUGUACCAGUCGACGUGAGCAACAGUACUCAUGUUUAAAGGUCCCCAUGUGUACCAGUCCCCAUGUGUAA